GUACUGAAAAUGUGUUAAGGGCCUGCUGUGUCCUGAACAUCCCCUUUGUGGUCUACACAAGCUCUAUUGCUGCGGUGGGACCCAACACAGCCCAUGAGCCCAUGUUCAGAGGAAACGAGGACACUAAAUACAGCGGGGAAGUGGAGCUGCCUUAUGGGAAGACAAAGGCCAUGGCAGAAAAACUUGUACUUGAAGCCAAUGGAAAAAAGCUGAGCAACGGCGGUAAACUCACAACUUGCGUCAUCCGUGCGAACACCGUGUAUGGGGAGAAAGCAACGUUUCUUCAAGAGUUGUACAUGCUUGCCAAGGCCAGGAAUGGGGUGUUGAACUACCUGGAGCCUGAAAACACGGAGCGUAAUUACACCUACGUGGGGAAUGUUGCGUGGAUGCACGUUCUUGCGGCAAGGAACUUGCAGCUGAAACCAGACUUGCUGGCAGGCCAAGUGUAUUAUUGCUAUGAUGACACUCCAGCAAGGAAAGGUUUUCUGGUCAGGUAUCAGCUGUUGUCCUCUAUGGACCCAGCAGUGACACUAGGCUCACACAUCCCUUACUGGAAGAUGUGGCUGGUGAUACAACUGCACAGGUUUAUCACGGUCAUCCUGUACCCUUUCUGGAAGCCACGGCCUUUCCUAAACUUGCCUUUGCUCAACACGAUAGUCACCACCUUCUCCUACGAGACAGACAAAGCCUCGAGGCAUUUCGGGUACAAACCCCUCUUCCCCUGGGAAGAGAGCAAGCGCAGAACUGCACAGGGCUUGAAAGCAGCUGUCAGGAACCUGGAGCCCCCUCAACCUCAUGAAAAGAAGAACUAA